GAAAAUCGGCUAGCACCCCUAAAUUAGCGGAUUCUUCUGCAUCACUUUACGCACAGUGAGUCCCUAACUCCAGAUUAGCCGUAUUCUCGCCGUUCAUCUCCGUUAAACCCCGAUUCGCCGUAUUCUCGCCGUUCGUCUCUGUUAAACCCCUUCUCCUCCAAUUGCCACCGUCUCCAUAAACCCCAACUCCGACACAUCAUCUCACAGUUUUUAGCUGCCAUGUCUGUAGAUUCGGUAAACGACGUCGCUUCAUGCUCCCCAGAGAUGGAAAAGUUCCUGUGCGAGUUACUGUUGGACUCCACUCAACCCAUCUCCGAACGCUUCAGAGCCCUCUUCUCUCUUCGGAACCUCAAAGGCCCUGCUCCUCGCACCGCCCUUAUUCUCGCAACUAGAGAUUCGUCGAAUUUGUUAGCACAUGAAGCUGCAUUUGCAUUAGGUCAAAUGCAAGAACCGGAAGCCAUCCCUGCAUUGACCUCAGUUCUUAAUGAUCUUUCUUUGCAUCCCAUUGUUCGCCACGAGGCAGCUGAAGCACUUGGUGCUAUUGGUUCGGAUGGUAAUGUUUCUCUGUUGAAGUGUAGUUUGGAAUCUGAUCCGGCUCAAGAGGUUCGAGAGACGUGUGAAUUGGCUCUUCAACGGAUUCUGAAUUUAAAAGAUGCUGCUACUACGGAUGAUUCGACUGCAUCCGGUGUUUCUCCGUUUAAGUCUGUUGAUCCUGCAGCACCGGCAACCUCUUGUUCUUCGGUUGACCAAUUAAGGGAGUUACUUCUUGACGAGGAAAAAGGGAUGUAUGAGCGCUAUGCAGCUCUUUUUGCACUUCGAAAUGACGGUGGAAACAAAGCUGUUGCUGCUAUUAUUGAUUCCUUGGGUUCCAAUAGUGCUUUACUAAAACAUGAGGUUGCAUAUGUUUUGGGCCAAUUGCAAGACAAAGCUGCUUCAGCUGCUUUAUCCAAUAUACUUAGAGAUGUGAAUGAGCAUCCAAUGGUUAGACAUGAGGCUGCUGAAGCUCUUGGUUCAAUUGCAGAUGACCAAAGUGUAGCCCUUCUUGAGGAGUUUACGGCAGACCCAGAAGCUCUUGUCUCACAAAGUUGUCAAGUUGCUCUAAGCAUGCUAGAAGCUGAAAGAUCAGGGAAAUCUUUUGAGUUCCUGUUCAUGCGCACUCCAACUGUACAAUAAAUAGUUUCUUAAUAUCAAGAAAUGAAGAAUUUGGACGAGAAUGAAGGGACAAGGACAAGAUAACAUAGACAGAAAAAAACUGGUGGAUUUUUACUUUUCUUAACUCAAGUUGAUGGAAUUAGGAAAAAACUAGCCCCCAUGAAACAAGGGUUGAACUAUGGUUUUGUUAAUCUAUGAAACCAAACUUUUUUUUUUGAUGAAUUUAUACUAGUCAAAUAUAAUGUCUACCUUUUAUUAUGGCCUCUGCCACUGCAGGCACGAGACAUUUUAACAUUAUUUACUGUUAAAUAAUCUAAAACUCUAGGGGGUUUAGGAUUUCUUAAUAGAGAAAUGAGAGAAAGUGCUUUGUUAUGAGAAUCACAAGAGACAAGGUUGGUGAUUGUGAAAGAUUGCUGAUCUCGUUUUGGAUGCUUAUUGAGUUUGUCGCUGUGUAAUGUUAUCAUUCAUGUUUAAUCUUCCUCCCUUUAGCA